AUAUUUACACUUCCAAAUGUGACGCGCCUCACAAAAGCCCUCACUUCGACAAGGCUUUUAGAUACUCAAGGCGUCCAUGUACUUGUUAGUAGUACACGCAGGGUAGUGUACAGCAUAUCCACUAUACACUUGUAGAAACACGAGCUACGAGUAUGGCUGCGCUCCUACGCUGGUGGUCAGGGGACCCAGAGACGGUCGACCCCCCAGAAAUAGACACUCCCCACACAGCACUAUUCGGACCCUCACACGAUACACAAAAUACACUUGAUACUGAUAGAUUAGCCACACCAGAAAUACCUAGCAUACAUCCACCCAAGCACACACGGGUAAGGGACGAAGAUGCUAUCUCUUCGAAUAGUGGAGGCUCUCUGCUGAACUCGAGCGGAAACACAAAGUCUUACGGCGCUGUGAAUAAGGACGACGAGGCCAUCGAGCGAAGCAAUGCGCUGGCGGUGCCUGGGUUGAAGAUUCCUACUGCACAUCCCCCCUCAUCAUACACGCCCAGUAAUUCCGCGUCCAAGCGAUUCUUUCAUCAACAUAACAGUGAUAGCACAGAGCGGUCAGCUACUACUGCCGCAGGCUGCACAAAGAGCACUUCGCAUGGCGAGAAAAACACAUCAGGUCUAUUAAAACCGGAAACCUCGGUUAAAUCACUUGCACGCUCACAUGAUGCUGCGCACACACUCGCAGAUAAUGUGAGAGAUAUGCACAGUGAAGAAUCAGAUACAUCGUACUCAGAAACAGAGCCGAAUAGCGCUGACCUGCAGAGAGCUGAUUCAGGGUACGGUCUGAGAUUACAUGACGGGGCUGUGCAUAAGCUGGCGUUGGAGCUGCCGGAACGGGUGGUGCAGGCGAAGGGAGCGCUUAAGGGUCAGAUACACAUUGAAAAUUGGGCGGUAUUAUCGAGAGAGUCCCAACUGAUUCUGAGUAUCGAGGGUACAGAACAUGCACGAUUGAAGACCAAGGGUAUUACGAAGACCUUGUCACUUAUUGAUUUCAAGUGCAUCGCCUAUUCUGGGGAGAAUGUCCUUGUUCCCGGAACGCAUGUUAUCCCUUUCACCUUCAGAGUACCAGAUCUCCCCGCCACCUGUGCUAGAGAGACAGCCCCGUUCCGAGCAGCGAUCUGCUACAACCUGACCGCACAAUUUGUGGGACUCGAGAACCAAGGGCCGCUCACACGAUCACAGAUAUUUAUAGUAACACACAACACCGACGACGACGACAAAGAUCCUAAAGAAACAAUCCGCCAUAUCAACACCAACGGUGAUUACGCGCUGGAGUGUUGGUUGGCUCGUAAUCGAUUCACCACCGCCGAUGUGGUUGCACUCAAACUACGGCUCAAUAGCACAGCAAUCAAGGCAGUCCACGGCAUCCACGUGGUGCUCAAGAAUACCAUGACUUUGCGGAUGGAGGGCUAUCGGAUACGACACGAGGAGGUGUCCUUACACCAGGACUACGGGGGAUUUGAGCCCUGUUUCUACGGUGAAAGAUUCAUCUCCUUUUCAAUCGGUCGACUGGACUGCUACACAACUAAAGGCACAAUGCUGCAGAGCACGUUUGCAUUACAAGUGUCGCUGCUAGACAGGAAAAGGAAGGUGCUUAUAGGGGUGACUCUGCCUAUUAAUGUGGUACCGGCUGAGUCUCCAGCGCAGUUGGUGGAGGACAACACCGAUGCUGAGCGCUCGUUCAGGCCAAAUUGGCAAAUGGACAAGGACGCCCCGAGAUGCAAUGACUGUCAGAAACGCUUCCACCUGAUUUUUUGUGCACUGCCACGACGCCACCACUGUCGCCAUUGUGGAUUAGUUUUCUGCGGUAGUUGCUGCAAAAAGUUCAUGGUAGUCCCAAAUCUGGGCUACUACCACCCUGUAAGGGUCUGUAAUAUCUGUGUUAAUGAAGUCGAGCUUGGGGGACGCAAGUAUGUCGGCACGCUGCGGUACAGGAAUACUUCGGGCAAUCAGCUUACGAAGCGGAUACGAACCUUAAGCGAACAUAGUGGCUAUUCGUGACAGGCCAAAUAGCUUAAUAAAAUGAAAUACAUAGCAAUUGCCA